AUGGCCGACGAACAACAGCCUCAGCGACGAGUGAGUGGAGGCGCCAUGUACGACGCCGCACGGGACACCUGGGAGGACCAUCACCUCCAACAGCAACGCACCGAUGAACCUGGACCUCCGCCUGUCUCGCAUCCAAACGAGCUUCUAGCGAGUGCCCAGCGCCAGAAACUCCCUCCCCCGCUCCCCAACGAUCCCCACUUAACAGCAAACCCGGAGUUACAGAACCGAGAUCCAGCCUCUCCGUCGGAACCACCACAACCAUCCACCUUACCAGGCGAACCACCACGCACUCAAACAACCGAACAAGAAGUCGACCAACUACCGCCUCGUCUGGAAGAAAAGAUCAAGGCAUAUCCUGUCUCCGCAACCAUGGGCUCACCGCCUACUUCGGGAAGGCCCAGACCUGUCGAUACUUCACCGGAGAAAAAUCGAGGUCGCGACGACUCUCCAGCAGCGGCUGCCAACGACCGAAGUGGCUCGCCCAUUGACAAAAAGAGGAAACUACCGGAGGAAGAAGAUAGGUCAACGGCGCCCGCAGAUCGCUCGAGUUCUAAACGCAAGAGGCUUCAAGAGCGGCACCAGAAGCUGCGAAGGGCUGGCCCAGCGCCACCCUCCGUUUAUUCACGACGCGACGCUGACAAUCAUGCUUCCUCUAGAAGCCGGAAUGAAUCGUCAAAUAGAUCGCCGUCCUCCCCACCUCGGCGUUCACCGUCACCCGAAGUACGGCAGCGGAAGCGACCCGGUGGCGGUGCGCGAAUGGGCCUUGUGGAUCCUGAAACCAUUCGCAGAAGACAAGAAGAAAGGGCGCGCGCCGAAGAAGAGAAUGCCAUGCGGUACUCUCAGUCUCGGGGCGUGACCGAUAUUGUUCGGCAGCAUUACAACGCCGUGCCCCAGCGCGGCAGGGAGUGGAGGAAAACCGAAAGCAAAAUAAAGGGCCUGCGGACUUUCAACAAUUGGGUGAAGAGCACCCUUAUUCAGAAAUUUUCCCCUGAUGAAGAGUUUGUCGCUCGAAAUGUUGAUUCCAAAGACUGGGCCAAUGGUGCGCCGCCGCCCUCGGAGGAGAAACGACUACUAGUGAUCGACUUGGGCUGUGGUAAAGGCGGCGACUUGGGUAAAUGGCAGCUUGCCCCUCAACCUAUUGAUCUCUAUGUUGGCCUUGACCCGGCCGAUAUCUCUGUCGAACAAGCGCGUGAUCGCUACAACCAAAUGAGGAGUGGGCGGGGUCCUCGUCAGCGCCGUGGCCCCCUAUUCCAUGCGGAAUUUGCGGCCAAAGAUUGUUUCGGUGAAUGGCUGGGAGAUGUUCCAAUUGUACAGCAAGUGGGCAUCGAAGCCAACGUUGGACCUGGUGGUUCUGUCAUGGCUUCGCGAUGGGGCGGUGGUGGGUUUGAUGUCGUCGCGUCCAUGUUUACCAUCCACUACGCCUUUGAAAGCGAAGAGAAAGCAAGGCAAAUGCUGCGCAAUGUGGCCGGAUGUUUGAAGAAAGGUGGUCGCUUCCUUGGAGUCUGCCCGAACUCGGAUAUCAUCAGUGCGCAGGUCGCGGCAUAUCACAAGAAACGCAAGGAACGCGCGGCGAUAGCGAAACCGGACGAUGCAGAGCCCGAAGACGGCGAAGUUGAAGACGACGAUAAGAAGCUCGAAUGGGGAAAUUCCAUUUACCGCGUUCGAUUUCCGGCGUCCACUCCCGAAGAUGGAGUUUUCCGGCCCCCUUUCGGGUGGAAGUAUAGCUACUUUAUGCAGGAAGCGGUCGAGGAAAUUCCCGAGUAUGUUGUGCCUUGGGAGGCUUUCCGAGCAUUGACCGAAGAUUAUAACCUUGAGCUCCAGUACCGCAAGCCGUUCCUGGAAGUAUGGAGGGACGAGAAGGAUGACUCGGAAUUAGGUCCCUUGAGCGAGCGGAUGGGAGUUCGUGAUAGAGCUACUGGAGAACUAUUGAUGACGGACGAGGAGAAGGAGGCAGCAAGAGGCUCUGCGUUGGUUACAUCCCUCCGCUUUUCCAUUCGCACCUACCCAUAA